GUGACGUUUGUAGCCUUCUUGCGUGUGGAAGCACAGCAGAUGGUCAUCAGCCGUCAUGCUGGUGCUUGGUGGGAAGCACACAAGACAUGGAUGCAUUGUGCGGGAUGCUGAGGCUGCGUGAGGAGGAGAGAGGAGGACACUGCACCGAGCCGCAGGAGUGAAGGUGACUUGAUGCGGAGAAGAGGCGUGCGUCCUCUUCCUGCUGUUCAUCUUUUCCCAUCUAGGAGCACAUCUGGCUCCACUCUGGGGAGGUGGAGGGAGGGUGGACGUGGAGGGGGAGGCAGCCACAAAGCCAUAAACCAGGUUCGAGUCCGGGUGAGUCGAGGGGAGGACGGUGUGAAGUGGAGUUGUGUGAGGAGAGGAGGAAGGUGGUGGAGGGGGGGAGCGCUAUAGCAAGAGCCAUCCUUCUCUAUUACGACUGUUCUCUUAGUGUGUGUGUAUGCAUGAGUUCUGCAUCGAAUGGGCGCAAAAACCGCCCCAAAUCGGCCGGGACCAUCUUCCAGAUCGGUAAGCCUCUCUACCGAGACCCCCAGCGGAGGGAGAGCACGGAGAGUAGUCGCAGAGCCCAGCGCGCCCUGGCCGACUGCAGGAUGAUUGUCCAAGAGUUCAACACGCUGGUGGCUCUGUAUCGUGAGCUGGUCAUCUCCAUCGGCGAAAUCACAGUGGACUGUCCUACCUUACGGGCAGAGAUGCUGAGGACUAGAACCAAAGGCUGCGAGAUGGCAAGGGCCGCUCACCACAGUCUGUCCUUGAUUUCAGGGCCAGAGGACGGUGAGAUCCACCCUGAGAUCUGCAGGCUCUUCAUCCAGCUGCAGUGCUGUCUGGAAAUGUACAUCACUGAGAUGCUGAAAUCUUUCUGUUUGCUGGGCUCCCUGCAGCUCCACAGGAAAGGUAAAGACAUCUGCAGCCCAUCCAGAGUGCUGGACAGGAAGGCGGAGGAGAGCUCAGACAUCCCCAUCCUGGAGGACACCUCUUCCUCGCCGACUGAGGUUCCUCAACUCUGUUGGUUGGUGGCCACAGACAUAGAAAACAUAGAAAAGGACAUGCGGGAUAUGAAGAACCUUCUCAGUAAACUCAGGGAGACAAUGCCUUUACCACUGAAGAACCAAGAUGACAGCAGUUUGCUCAACCUGUCUCCCUACCCGCUGGUCCGACAGAGGAAGAGACGCUUCUUUGGCCUCUGUUGCUUGGUAACCAGCUGAGGCCCCACCCAUGUGGCAUUGGCGAAACAUUGCCCACCGUCCUCCAUCAUGUGUGUGUGUGUCCACCCCCCUCCCCCCACUCUAUACUACAGUGCUGCCAUUUUUAAACCAAACAAAAAAGAAGUCUGCCCAUAUUUUAUUUACUUUGUAAUACAAAGAAGACCUCAUAUUCCAGGCUAAGAUUGACCUGGCAACAGAUUCUCACAGUUAUUGGGGGCAAAAAAAAAUGUCCAGUUUUAAUGUAAAAGAGAAAAUGUUUGGAAAGGUAUUUCCUAUGAUGAAACAAAAAAAGAAGUGUGUCUGAUUUGUCAUAAUAUGUAAAGUAAAAGCCACCUGAAUGUUAAAGGAUGGCCAAGGCAAGGAAGCCAUUCAUAAUGUCUAGUCUGUUUUUCCCUUGUAGUCUUCCAUUAAAGAUAAACCUGUAUACAACUUUAACUUUCCAGCUUUCAAAGUGCAAUAUACUGUAUGAUGCAGUGGAGAACUCACUUGCCCACACUGUAUAAAUACACAACUUGUAUAACUACACUUAUUGUGUCUCCCGUAUGAAUUGAUAGGUUGUUGGUCAGUGCCCAACAUGGCGCCCUCCUGUGGAUGAUGCUUGUCAUUAGAGCCACGGUUUAGGGCCAGGUGAAGGCUGAUGAUUUAGAUCAUUUUGAAUUGUUAAUAAAACCUUUGUUAUUGAAAUGUAUGGGACUAGCA